AUGGAGAAGACCAUUCGCAACCGCAUCGGGCGGCAUGACUCCGUCACUGAAUACCAUGACGACGAGGAUCAGAGAGCUGCCGAUUCUGAGCUUUGCAAUGAGGCAGAUGGGUUCGAGGAUGGCCAGGAGGCAGCGGUUCGCAUCUGCAAAAAUAAUGAAAUUGUCGCUCUUCGCCUGAUGUGGUUCACACCCAGCCUCAAACAACCCCCCGCUCAAUUCGACCAUACGAAAACCACCUUCGUCCACUUCAACCCCAUCCUCUGGCCCGUCCAGCCUCGCAAAUGUACCGUAGAUGUGUCCAAUCACAUGCUCAGCACAGGGAGUCGCGGACCGGGCAGUUGGCGGAGGAUGUUAGUCGCUUCGGCGAGUCAAUGUCGAUUUGGGGUGAUGGUCAAGGUCGAAGGAUGUCGUGUCGCAUUUGUGCAAUGUGAUGCGAGCGUCACAGUGGGGAAACUUUUGGAUUUGGCGAGACAUAUGCUGGGUACGAGGGAUGGCUUGGGACUCUACUACUAUGAUGAUGAUGGUAAGACUGCGGAGGAGCAGGGUGGACGUUGCUUUUGUCCGUUGCCGGAGGAGCUUCCUCCUAUGGGGCAGAGGUGCGAGUAUGGGCGACUGAGGAUGGACCGGGCGGUGUUCCCUGUGCUCGCAGGUGAGCGUGAGCGAGAAAUAGGGAGAAACAUGCAAAUUCUCGCUUAUUGGAGAGAAAAGGCGAGUCGCAAGACAGACCCAAAAGGAUGAGCGAAACAAAUCACUCCCUUUGCGCGGUCUUUGGUUAUAUCUAUGACUUUACAGGAAAUCUUCUCACUAACCACUCCUUAAGAAUGCUCGCAAUCUCCUCUGGCUUCUCGUACAACACCCAAUGCCCGGCUUCAACCACUUUUUCCUCGACAUCUUGCACCAAACCCGCCUUUUUCGGAUCAUCCAUCAAAUCCGUCCUACAGACCCAAUCACCAGUCUGCGCAAUAUACAACAGCGGCACUUCAAUCUUCGAUCCAUCCUUCUUCUCCACCAGCGCCUUUUCAUCCUCAACCAUUGUAUUAUUCUUCAACGAAUGAUAAUACUGCACAGGAGCUUCCAACCCAUCCCGACACAUCCUCUCCUUGAAUCUUUGCAACAGAACAGGAUCCUUCGCAUAGGGUUUCAAAUCCACCCUCUUCCCACCAGCCCACUUCCCUUUCCCCACCACAUAAUCUUCCAUGGCGCCAGGAACACAAAACAUCUCUCGCAUCCAAAUGUCCCGUCCUUCUUCACCCGGUCGAUCAGAAAGAUACAGUCCAUGGUUAACGUCGUAGAAUCUUUCAAUAUUCUUCCUCAUAAGAUUCGCCGCAUCGGGUUUCGUGAAGAAGUUCCAGUAUUCCCAUUGCGGAUAUCCAAAACGUUUCUCCGUCAGCACAUUCGCAGUGUCGAGAUCGAAUUUCUCUGAGCUGGGGAUCUGAUAUGCUAAACUCAGUAAACUCAAUCCGAUACAUCGCUGUUUGUGGUAGAGGUAGAAGCGCUGCGACGUGGCCGAACCCCAAUCGUGACCAAUGGGGAUAACGUUAUUGGGGACUUUUUCAUGGUCGAGAAUCUGAGCGAUGCUGUGGGCUUGAGCGCGGUAGUUGUAGUAUUGCGUGUCCGAAGGUUUGGAGGAGUGGCCAAAACCGAGCAAGUCGAGGACGAUGAAGGGAUACGGGAGGUUGAGGAAAGUUGGGAUUGCGCCUGCCCACAUGUAUGCAUCGUCCGGGUAGCCGUGGACGAACAUGAGCGUCGGGACAUCUUGAUCCAGCUUCUGGUUGAAGUUCGGGGAUAGGUAAUAGCUAUAUGUGAGAUUGUUGGGUUCUGUGAUGAUGGACUUGUGCUGGAGCUUGUCCAUGUUGGAGAUUUGUUGGGCUGCCAUGGCCGUGAAAAGGGCUCAAUUGACUGAUUUCUCGCGC